AUGGGUUCGCUAGUGGCUAAACUUCUUCUCCCCACGAUAAGCAGCCUGGUCUUUCUGCCGACCAUCAGCAUCGCAGCCAAGCGAAGAUUUCACAUGGAAGCCAUGGUUUAUUUUUUCACCAUGUUCUUUGUUGCGAUUUACCAUGCCUGUGACGGCCCUGGCUUAUCAGUGCUGUGUUUCAUGCGGUACGAUAUCCUGGAAUAUUUCAGCAUCUAUGGGACAGCUCUGUCCAUUUGGGUAUCGCUGAUGGCUCUGGCCGAGUUUGACGAACCCAAAAGAUCAACCUUUGUGAUGUUUGGAGUGCUCACCAUAGCAGUAAGGAUUUACCAUGACCGAUGGGGCUAUGGUGUCUACUCGGGACCCAUCGGGACUGCCGUCCUUGUGAUAACAGUGAAAUGGCUGCAAAAGAUGAAAGAGAAGAAAGGCCUGUACCCCGACAAGAGCGUCUAUACACAGCAGAUUGGCCCCGGCUUCUGCUUUGGUGCUUUGGCACUGAUGCUGAGGUUCUUUUUUGAGGAUUGGGAUUACACCUAUGUGCACAGCUUCUACCACUGUGCCCUGGCCAUGUCCUUUGUCCUGCUGCUGCCCAAAAUGAACAAGAAAGCAGGGAACGCUGGGACCCCUGCCAAGCUGGAUUGUUCCACCCUCUGCUGCUGUGUGUGA